AUGUCGCAACGCAAGGGUCCCUUUAGACUGGUCACGGUAAAUACCGCACCGGAGCGUGCGAAGAAGCUGAUCGGCCGCCUCAUCGAGGCUCUCAAAGAAGACUACGAUAUCGAGCACGUUGACAACUGCGAGAAUAUCGACGAAGUGGUUCCCAAGGUGACUCAGCACAAGCCCAACGUUUUGUUCUGCGCAUCCAUGUGGACACCGGAGGAGGCGGAAAAGAUCCAGGCCUUGGCACGCUCCGUUGUCCCGGACAUCAAGACGCACGCCAUCCCCACUGGCCUCCAGGUCAAGGAUGGGCCCGACGCCAUCGUCAACUACCUCAUCGAGAAGGUGCCGCCUCUGUUGGACGCGUAA